AUGCCCCCUUCCUUCGGCGACCUCACAUACUGGAACACACGAUUUUCCUCGGAAGAAAAUUUCGACUGGCUAGUAGCCGAUUUCACAAUCUUGGAACCAGUGUUGCAAGAUGGUGGAAAAGAUGGUAAAGGGAAAACACCACAAAUCUUACACAUAGGUUGUGGCAAUUCCCUACUAUCAUUCCAACUACGCGAAUUAGUGGAAACAGCGACACAACUCCACAAUUGCGAUUAUUCCUCCGUGGUAAUAAAAAGACAACGACAGAGGGAAGAGGAAUUACUUCAAAAAAACGAUCAUGCUGCAAGAUCGGGAGGCCGGGAGGUGCAAAGUCGCUGGUCGGUUUUGGAUUUACUGGAUCCGGAGCAAAUUGCAAAUGUCAGAAAGGGCGGUGAUGGUGAGGAUGGUGGUGGUGAGGAUGGUGGUGUAUAUGAUAUCAUCAUUGAUAAAUCAACCACCGAUGCCAUUUCUUGUGCUGAAGAUGUGGUGGUGGGUUUGCCUUAUUGCAUCAACAACAUCAACACUUCCACCUCAAGCAACCACACCUCUCCGCAGAAAGCGGCAAUAUAUCCUCCUCAUAUCCUAGCCAUCCAUCUAGCAUAUCUGGCGAGACCGGGAUGUCGUUGGGUAGUGUUGAGCUAUUCAUCGUCCCGUUUCUCGGACUGGGAAGGUGAGGAAAUGCCACAAGGAUUACCACAACCUGGCGAACUUUGGAAAUUGGUCAAGCAUGAGGAGAUCGUCCAAUCGCCUGACCCGGAAGAUAAAGUUCACAGACCGCCGGAGAUGCAUCAUUUGUAUAUUUUGGAGAGGACGGGGGUGGAAUUGAAGGAGGUGUAA